GAGCCUCGUGGUCGUCUCCCUCGGCCGUCUUCAGCGGCGAGAGCAAGAGAGGAGAGAGAAGAUAGAGAGAGAGAGAGAACGGAGAGGAGGAAUCUGGUGUUCGAUUUUGACCUCUUGAGAUGACUAGAAACAAGCAGGUGCGUUGCUCGACCUCAAAGCCAUUCCUCCAUGUGUAACAUUCUUAAUGGCCAGAAGGCUCCUCAAAGCUGUGGUGCCCAAGAGAAAACUCCCCUCUGUAGCUGUACUCAUCCUCCUCCUCCUCCUCUUCCCUGCAUGCGUCGUCGCACUCUUCUUCCAUGGCCAUAAGAUCUCCUACUUCCUCCGGCCCAUUUGGGACACUCCGCCACGCCCCUUCAUCCGCAUUCCCCACUAUUAUGCCGAGAAUGUGUCCAUGGAACAACUCUGCCACCUCCAUGGCUGGACUCCUCGCCUCCAUCCACGCCGUGUGUUCGACGCCAUUAUCUUCAGCAAUGAGGUCGACCUGCUUGAAAUCCGGUACCAUGAACUAUUUCCUUAUGUGCAUAAGUUUGUGAUCCUUGAAUCGAACACCACCUUCACUGGCAUUCGCAAGCCACUCUACUUCCUCGAGAACCUCCAGCGGUUCGAAUUCGCAAGCUCAAAGAUCGUCCAUGAUGCAUUGCUAGGCGACAGCAGUCGCAGGUGGCACAAAGAUCCCUUCCGGUUUGAGUCUAGGCAGCGAAAAGCACUCGACGCUCUUCUCCGCAGGUCAGGGAUCAGCCCAGGGGAUGUCGUGAUCAUGGCGGACACAGAUGAGAUAGCGAGCCCCCAGACAGUGCAGCUGCUGCAGUGGUGUGAUGGUAUACCACCAUUGAUGCACCUGGAGCUCAGAGAGUACGUGUACUCCUUCGAGUUCCCGGUGGGCUGCGGUAGCUGGCGAGCCACAGCCCAUGUUUACAGGCAGGGGACAGGAUACCGGCACUCCCGGCAGACAGACCUGAUCUUGGCUGAUGCUGGGUGGCAUUGUAGCUUUUGCUUCAGAAGGAUCGAAGACUUUGUGUUCAAGAUGACGGCAUACAGCCAUGCAGAUCGAGUGAGGUGGGCGAGCUUUCUGGAUCAUUCAAGGAUUCAGAGGAUCAUUUGUGGUGGAGAAGAUCUGUUCGACAUGUUGCCUGAGGAGUAUACCUUCAGGGAGCUGUUUCAGAGGUUGGGCCCUAUCCCAAAAUCAGCUUCAGCUGUUAAUCUUCCUUCUUACUUGAUAGAGAAUGCCGAAAGGUUCAGGUUCUUGCUGCCUGGAGGAUGCUUAAGGUCAGAAUAAUGGGGUUUCUUCCUUUGUGCUUAACCCUUGGCUGGGGUACAAGGAUCUUCAUAGAUGUCAGGAUGAGUGUAGGCAGAUCUCCAAAGCAAGUUAGCUGAAGAAAAAGUUUUGGUUAGUCAGGUUGGUGCAAAUUGGACUGCUGAUAUAGCUAAACCCAGUCACCUUAGAAUGUGGAUUUCAUAAGCAAAGAUCAGCACCAACAGUAUUUUGACAGUAAGGUUAUGAAGGAAAGAUCCCCUUGGUGACGCUUUCUUUUUUUCUAAAUUAUAUUUCCUUGCUUGUAGAUAAUCGCUUAAUGAAGAGAAUCAGAAAGAGGAGCUUUCUUUAAUUGAUCAUUCUUUUUUCAAUGUCCUUUUAAUGUUUAUUAGGGUGUAAUGAGUUAUAAGGGUUUAACCACAAAAUGAACCGAUCUUUACUUA